AUGGGCGAGUACUCGAAAGCACUUUCAUCGUUUGAAAGAUCACUUGAAAUCCGAAAAUUAGCUCUCCCUCCGAAUCAUCCUGACUUUGCUCAAUCCUACAACAACAUCGCUUCAGUGUAUUUUCACAUAGGCGAGUACUCGAAAGCACUUUCAUCGUACGAAAGAUCACUUGAAAUCUUCAAAAUAACUCUUUCUUCGAAUCAUCCCGACUUGGCUACUUCCUACAACAACAUCGCUUCAGUGUAUUCUCAUAUGGGCGAGUACUCGAAAGCACUUUCAUCGUUUGAAAGAUCACUUGAAAUCCGAAAAUUAGCUCUCCCUCCGAAUCAUCCUGACUUUGCUCAAUCCUACAACAACAUCGCUACGAUGUAUAAUAACAUGGGCGAGUACUCGAAAGCACUUUCAUCGUUUGAAAGAUCACUUGAAAUCUGCAAAAUAGCUCUCCCUCCGAAUCAUCCCGACUUUGCUCAAUCCUACAACAACAUCGCUUCAGUGUAUGAUAAGAUGGGCGAGUACUCGAAAGCACUUUCAUCGUUUGAAAGAUCAAUUGAAAUCCGAAAAAUAGCUCUCCCUCCGAAUCAUCCAGACUUGGCUACUUCCUACAACAACAUCGCUUCAGUGUAUUUUCACAUGGGCGAGUACUCGAAAGCACUUUCAUCGUACGAAAGAUCACUUGAGAUUUUGAGAAAGUCGGUGCCUUCUACUCAUCCUCAUUUGGUAGUUGUGAAAAGAAACAUUGAAAAUUUAAGAAACAGGUUUUAG